AUGGAACUGGUUAGAAGUUCAUACUCAAAUAUUAUAAGCCCUAUUCAACAACGGCUUAGAAAUGCAUUAACUAUAAAUAAGGAAAGCAUACUGUCAAAUAUUGACGCGCGUUCCAUUGCUCCGUAUAUAUAUUUCAUCUUAUUCACCCUGGCAGCUGUUCUUCUGUUCGUAAAGCGUCUCCCACAGAAAAAACAUGAGGAAAUACCAGAAACGCCGCAGAAUAGAGAAUUAUACAAAGAAAUCGCCCUUGAACAAGGACUAAUUGAGAAAUCAGAAGAAUUGAAAAAAUAUGCAUGGAAUAACUGGUUUAUGAAACUGCAAACAGACUGGAAUUAUUUCAAUGCGGGUCUCGAGAAUGGAAAAAAGACAUGGUUUGAUGCAAAAGAAAAAGAAUGGCAGAAAUGGCUAGAGUCUAUGGAAGACAGAUGGGCACAUUAUAACGAAAAUAUGGACACAGAAUUUAAAUCGGAUAUUUUAAAGAAUGCACAAGAUUGGGAUGAAAAUCAAUGGGAAACCUGGAUGAAAGAUGAAGGGGAAAAAAUUAUGGAAAUGCAUUACCAUAAAUGGAUUGAUGGAAGUUAUGCUCAUUAUAAUGCUUGGAUUAUAAAAAAAUGGGAAGAAUGGAAGAACGAAAAAAUCCUCACAUGGUUAUUAAAAGAUUGGAGACGUAAAGAAUUUGAUUACUGGCAAAAAUAUAAAGAUUUAACCCUACCAGAACCAUUAUAUGAAAGGGCACAAAGUAACUGGAAUAAAUGGAAUAACAGAUUAUGCAAUGAGAAAGAGCAAUGGAAAAAAUGGGUUGCCGAAAAAUAUGAAUUCUAUGAAAACAGUGAGUGCAAGCAAUGGAAGAAAUGGAAAGAUGGUAGAGAAGUCUUGUUUAACGAGUGGAGGGAAUCAUAUAUGUGCAAAUUGGUAGCAGGAAAAAAGUGGAAGGUCUGGAUUGAAGAGAAAAAAAAUGAAACAGCUUGCGGUGCAUAA